AUGAAGGCAGGAGAGUCUUUAACGGGUUACUGUGGUACAACAAUGGAGAUAAGAAACAAAAUGCGAUUUCAUGGUGAAAAGAUGACCAAUGUCACAAUUGUGGAAAAGAUAUUACGUUCUCUGACACUGAAGUAUGAUUGUUUAGUUUUCCCCAUUGAAGAGUCAAAAGAUGUAAAUGAAUUAUCACUUGACGAAUUGCAAAGCUCGUUAUUGGUGCAUAAGCAGAAGAUGAUCCUCAGUUCAACUUCCGAAGAGCAGGCCUUGAAGGAUUCUACUUUUAUUUCUUCCAAUCCUAGAGGAAGGGGUAGAGGUAGAGGAAGAGGAAGAUGGAGAAGCGAACGAGGACAUAGAGAUGGAGGCAACAAAGAUGGGAGCAGAAAUUUUAGAGCUAAUGACGACUACGGCAAAGGCAGAGGAAAGAAUUUUGACAAAUAA